UUAGUGAUAAAUUGGGAUAAUCUGUGUUAGUUAAAUCAACGAAAUUCUAUUAAUAGAUCUUAGUUGGAACAUCGAUUUGAAUAAAAGAUUAUGGCAACUUCUCAAUUUAUUCACUUUCCCUAAUCCUCAAAACUAUUUCUGGUCUUUUUUUUAUUCAUUUGUUUUGUUAAUUUUAAAUCUAAUUGUGAUCUAAUUUUUCUAAUUUUUAUUGAUUAUAAAAUUCUGUGUUAUGGUGAUCAUGGAAAUCAUCUGAAAACAAUCACAUGUUUCCUUUUUAAUCGAGGUUUUGGUUAUAAUUACAAUGAUCUAGACAUUGGUUGUGUUUAUUGUUUCACAAUUUUCCGGAUUUAAUCUAAUAGAUUAUGACAAAAUUUAGUGAAUCAACUAAAUCAUUUCUUAAAUAUUCACAAUCCUCUCGUAGGAUUAGCUGUAAAUUAGAUGAUAAUGAGAAGCCAGGUAAUACCAGGUUCAUCGCUACUUCUACCAGUUUAUCUCAUGUGUCCAUUAUGAUUCUAUUAACCUUGUGCCGUAAAUAUACUAUUGGUAUUCCCGUAGAGAAGCGUUUCUUUGUAUAUUCUUGUUUAAUCUUUUUCGGUGGUAUCAUCUGUGAUUUCGCACCCAUUUUAAUACGAGCCUUUGUACCUUUUAAAGCGACCAAGGAGGGUUUUCUUAAUCAAUAUUUGGUUAAUCUUGUCUGGUGGUGGACACUGUUACUGUUAAUCCCAUUCCUUUGUCUAACAAGUGCCAUAGUCUCAUUAAAUCCAACUCAAGAGGAAGAUCAACAACUUGAUGAAUGGAUUGAAAGAUCAUCUUCUGUCUAUCUCUUGGAUUGGAUGCAACGAUAUGAUAAAUUAACACCAAUCAAUAAGAUUUUAAGAUUAUUACGAAGUGGCUCAAUGAUUAGGUUAAUUGUUAACUUGAUUCUCACCUUUGGGUCGUUAAUAUUUUUCAAUCAUAUUACUCAAUUAACCGGAAGCUGUUCAAUAGAAAUGUUAAAAUCGGAAGAAGCUUGUCUUAGAUUGGGUCAUCGUUGGUCUGGAUUUGUUGUAGAUGAUUUGAUCUUUCAAAUGUUAAUUGCUAAUUUAAUUAUCCUUGAAGAAUGUUCUCUGAUGAAAGGUUGGGAACCUUUUGGUGAACAAUUAACAAUCAAGCAAAAGGUUUAUCAAAAACAGUGUAAAAUUAAUUUUAAUCAGUCAAUACUUUUUGAUAAGCUUAAUGGUUACAUUAGGAUUCUGUUUAUUGGAUUAACCUUAUUCUCAUUCACCUUGGAUUUCAUGAUAUUCCAGUAUGCAGUUUAUUAUCCAACGAUGAUUUCAAAAGGAGCAGCAUAUUGUUGGUCAUUAAUUGUUUACUACUCAACAUAUCGAUUUAUUUAUAAAUCAUCAUUUUUUACCCAAUUAACUUAAUCAUCACCAAUGUAUCCAUCCAAAAAUGGGACAAGAUAAAAAAAGGCAACGAGAAAGACAACAAUUUGAUUCAUCUGUUCCCAUGAAAAUCACAAUGGAAAUCCAAAUGAUUAAUGAUAAUAAUAAUAGUUACCUAAUAACCCAGGAGCACAUAAUAACCACCAUAAAGUGUGCCAAUUGGUUAGUUAUAACACGUUGAUAAAUCGCCAGGACAAGACCGAAAUCAAUGGUUAACUAAAUUGUUCAGUUUAUUUGAUAAUCUUUGUCCUGCCUUAGCAUUUAUCAUUAAAUUAAAUUUAAUCUUUUCUCCCUCUUCCAACAGGAUUUAUGAUGAUACCUAUCGGGGAUUGACCUUAAAAUUAUAUGAUAACAAUUGACUGUAAAUAUAGAAUCAAAUAAAUCGGGAUGUUGGUCAGUUAA